AUGUCGAACACAAAUGUAUUAACUUGGAACGAGAGAAUUCAUAUUGUAGUGGAUGCAGCACAUGGGUUGGAGUAUCUACAUAAUGGUUGCAAGCCACCUAUAAUCCAUAGAGAUUUGAAACCUUCCAACAUUUUAUUAAAUGAAUACAUGCAAGCCAAGAUAGCUGAUUUUGGGCUGUCUAGAGCCUUUGCAACUGCAAAUGACUCUCAUGUGUCAACUCGCCCAGCUGGUACAUUAGGAUACGUUGAUCCUGAAUUUCAAUCAUCUAUAAACUUUAAUAAGAAAAGCAAUGUCUAUAACUUUGGGAUUAUUUUGUUUGAGCUAAUCAUUGGCCGCACUGCAAUAGUACAAGGCCCUAUGAGAAACAACCACAUACUUGACUGGGUUAAUCCUUUGAUUGAAAGGGGUGAUGUUCAAAACAUUAUUGACCCAAGAUUAGAAGGAGAAUUCAAUAGUACUUCUGUUUGGAAAGCUAUAGAGUUAGCCAUGCCAUGCAUACCAUCAUAUGCUAUCCAAAGGCCAGACAUGAGUUAUGUGUUGGCUGAACUUAAAGAAUGUUUAGCUCUGGAGAUGGCUCAUGAAAGAACUCAAAGGAUGGCAAUUGAGGGCAAUUUAACAACUUCAAGCAUUCCAUUCAAAUGA